GUGCGCGCGUGGACUUUGUUGUUUUUUAACGAAAGGAGCCAUCUUCGCUUGCAGUUGCGGCCGCCCUAUUUAAAAUUCGGCAUUUCUCAUUAGGCUCUUUGAAUCGACAGCGCGCAAGAGGUAAAACACAUGGCUUUCCGUGUCGCUGCUGUUUGGCGCGUGUGAAUCUACGCCCCGACAGCCGCUAAUAUAGCCACGCCGUUCCUGCUGCUUGCUGCUGCUGCUGCUUGCUUGCUGCUGCUGCUUGUCGAAGCGUGCGAUGCUAACGCGAGUCUGACAUUCCAAGUCGCGUGCAAGGCCACCCGGUCACGCAUCAGCGCAACGCGAUCGAGAGGCGAGAAACGCAGCGGAACAAAACGUGCGCGGGGGGGGUUCGCGAUGCAAGCGCCUCCCAAGGAGUCGGGACGUGACGAGAAUUCGCAGGUGACGGAGAAGAUGACCGACGACGACGACGAUAACGACGAGACGAGGAGGAGGAGGAAUCCCGGGCUGUCCGUGGUGGUCGUGCACGGCGGGGCGUGGGCCAUCCCGGACGAUCUGGCCGAGGCGAGCGUGGCGGGGGUGAAGGGCGCCGCCAUGCGAGCCCACGAGCUUCUGUCCCGCGGGGGAGGCAGCGCGCUCGAUGCCGUGGAGGCUGCCGUGAAAGCGCUGGAGGACGACGCGGCCUUCGAUGCGGGCCAUGGCUCGGUGCUGACGGAGGCUGGCGAGGUGGAGAUGGACGCGCUCAUGAUGGACGGGAGGACGCUGCGCCUGGGCUCCGUGUCGUGCGUGCAAGGGGUGGCGAACCCGGUCAGCCUGGCCCGCGCGGUCAUGGAGAAGACGGAGCACGCCAUGCUGACGGCGGCGGGGGCCGCGCGCUUCGCCGAGGCGCUGGGGGUGGCGCGCGUGCCCCAGCGCGAGCUCGUGACGGAGGCGGCGCGCUCCGAGUGGGAGCGCUACCGGCGCUACCGCCACGCCGUGCGGGCGCUCUUCAGCUCGGAGCGGGCCCACGACACUGUGGGUGCGGUGGCCCUGGACGCGCGGGGUGACGUGGCGUGUGCCACCUCCACAGGGGGCAUCACCAACAAGAUGCCCGGUCGCGUCGGAGACAGCCCCAUUGUGGAUGAUGGUUUAAAAGUGCAUGGCUCCGAGUGGCGUCCUAACAUCGGGAGGAAGAUUGUUCAGGACGGCCGCAGAAGCGCGUCUGAAAGCGCACGAUGUGGCGACCGUCUUUGUUCGAAAGGGUGCGGAGGGUACGCGGAUAACGCUGUGGGCGCCGUUUCCACCACCGGGCACGGAGAGUCGAUCAUGAAGGUCACGCUGGCGCGACUCAUCCUGUUCCACAUGGAGGCCGGAAAGUCCCCGGAUGAGGCGACGGCGCUGGCCCUGAGCCACAUGCGUGACCGGGUCGGAGGUCACGGCGGGGCCGUGGUGCUGGGCCGGGACGGGCGCUGGGGGGCUCGCUGCUCCACCGAGCGCAUGGCCUGGGCGGCCGUGGCCGCCGGCUCGCUCUACUACGGCCUUCAGCCUGGGGAAGUCCACAUCGAGCCUCUCUAGUAAAGCCACCAAACGGUCCGGUUGGGGCCAGGACAGUUCCCCCGGUAGUUGGUUCAGCGGCUUCCCCAAGAAGCUUUUGUGAAAAUCGGGAUUUUGUCACAGUUUAACAUUUGAUGGCUUCAUGCCCGAUGGGUGUUGCAAACUUCUUACAGCGGAAAAGUCGCCAAACAGUGCUCCAGAAGUCGGUGAUGGAUCUUGUUAGGUUGUUACAAAUGCCAAUAGACGAUUUCACAAGGACUGUAUUACACAUAAUUCGCUGAUACAGGAUCUUUAAUACCUUUAAUACACAGAUGCAAUCACGUCACUAGACAAUUAACUAGAAGUAUUACUCAAAGUAAACGAUGCAGGAUAUGUAUAUGCAUACUAUCCGUGCUAUCGGUUCUCUGCCUAUAUUAAAGUCUCAUAUCCCCUUUUCCUCUACCGAUGACUCACUGCCUCUGUACAACAUUAUUUGCCCAGUUUUUAUACGGCAUCUUGAAAUGCAAUAUAUUAAUCCACAUCGUCAAGCGUUGUAGGUAUUACCUCCUAGUAAUAUAUAAUUUCCCUAGUUUAUAGUCACACAAUGUAUUUGCUGAUUAAAAACUUCGCAAAAAUAUUGCCUGCGGUGCUGCGAUAGCAUAGAGUAAGAACUUCAGUGUUAACGUACUGUAUUUCAAAACUAUAAUUACCGAUUUUCAUAUCAAA